AUGAGUUCUUCUCCGCUGGGUUCCCGUGGAAACAUGGACAUUCUGGAGGAGCUGCAGCUGAUCGCAGCACAGAACCUGGAGAGGUUAGAGGUCAACAAGUACUAUGAUGUUAUCAGGGAGCUUGGCAAGGGCACUUACGGCAAGGUGGACCUGGUCAUACACAAGAUCAGAGGUGAGGAGGACACACACACACACACACACACACACACACACACACUAGACUUGAUCUUGAGGAUGCACACAUUUAACAGGAUCAUUCACUGGUCCAGCUCUGCAGGAUUAUCUGCAGAAUUACAUGAUCAACCACUAUAAUCAUUCAUCACUCCCAUGUUGUUUUCCCCUCAGGCACCAAGAUGGCCCUGAAGUUCCUGAGGAAGAAGACAACCAAGCUGAAGUCGUUCCUGAGGGAGUACAGCAUCUCUCUCUACCUUUCUCCCUGUCCCUUUAUCAUUAACAUGUUUGGGAUCGCCUUCGAGACUGACGAUUACUACGUGUUUGCCCAGGAGUAUGCCCUGGCUGGGGACCUCUUCGACAUCAUCCCUCCACAGGUACGAGAGAGAGACAGGGAUGCAUAUUUGGGAUGUUCUGUUGUAAUGGCUAUGUAGGGUUAUUUUAACCAUUACUGCUCUAAAUAAUGUGCAAUGACAGUUUAUAAUAGCUAAUGUCACAUUGAAGAAUGCUUCAUAGCACGUUUACAGUGGUUGUCAUUACAGACAUCUUUGAGGUUUAUUUUGUUUCCUAAUCUCUGCCCCUCUCCAUCCAGGUGGGUCUCCCGGAGACGGUUGCUAAGCGCUGUGUGCACCAGGUUUCCAUUGCCCUGGACUACCUUCACUGUAAGAAGUUGGUGCACCGUGACAUCAAGCCUGAGAACAUCCUCAUCUUUGACCGCGAAUGCCGCAAGGUCAAACUGUCCGACUUCGGCAUGACGCGCCGCGCUGGCUCACCGGUCAAACGGGUGAGUGGCUAGAGGUCAAAUCACAACAAACUUUAUUUUAAAAAAACAAAAGUGGUGAACUGUAUGAGAAAUAGUUUGAGAUGCAGAACCCACCAAGUAUGCCAUAAAAGAGACCAGACCUCAUGGGAGCCAACUUAAAUGAAGAAUGAAAUCUUCCUAAUCAAUUAACAAAUAUUAUUUAUUCCUCUCCUCCCAGGUGAGCGGUACCAUCCCUUACACGGCUCCGGAGCUGUGCGACACGUCUCGCCACGAGGGCUUCUGCGUGGACUACAGCACGGAUGUGUGGGCCUUUGGCGUCCUCCUCUUCUGCAUGCUGACCGGUAACUUCCCCUGGGAGAAGGCCCUGCCCUCCGACUCCUUCUACCAGGAGUUCACUCGCUGGCAGAGACGGCGCACGGGCACCGUGCCCUCGCAGUGGCGCCGCUUCACUGAGCAGGCCCUCCGCAUGUUCCGCAGGCUCCUCUCUGUGGAGCAGGACAGACGCUGCUCCGUCAAAGAGGUGUUUGGCUACUUCAGCCACAGUUGGAUGCUGGAUGGAGACAGCAACGGGAACGGAGGAGGGGGCGGAGAGAGAGAGAGGGAGAGAGGAGGAGGAGGAGGAGGAGGGGUGAGGGUGGAGGGGGACGGGAGCAGUACGUCGUCCUUGUCGGGAGAAGAGGAGGAGGAGAUGCUGGUGGAGAGGAUGAAACAGCAGACUCUGUCUCCUCCGGUGUCUGUGGAGAGGGGGACUGGGGGGACGAAGGCAGGGAUGAUGCAGUCGGGUGGAGGACACCAUUUUGUGUCUGUUUCCAGCUCUGGGCCGUCUACCAACAGCUUUGACCGCAUGCCCAGAGACAGCAACAGCGACCAGCCCCCCGGACACAUACUG